AUGACAAACAAUAAUAGAUGGUGGCUGAUGAUAGUGGUGCUCAUCGCUGCUUUAAUUGCGACACAAAGAGUUAAUGCAUUGGAAUGUUAUGCCUGUGAUUCGAACGAAGAUCCAGAAUGUGCCACAAAACCCGGUAUUCAGCUCCCAGUCGAAGAAUGUCCUACUGAAAAUGAUGAAUGUGUUCAAACUGUGGUCUCGGGUAUAACUCGACGUGGUUGCUUAUCUCGCCUCUUUCCCAGCCGUUAUUGCCCAGAACCUUGUGAGCGCUGUAAAAAGAGUCUCUGCAAUCGUGACAUUUUUCCACAGGAUCGUCUAAAGUGCUACCAAUGUUCGGGAGCUGAUUGUGUAAAUGUGGCGAACUAUACCCAAUAUCUGAUGCCCUGCCCAGUCUAUAAUGUAAACGAUCGUUGCUUUAUGAAAAUCAUGCACAAGAAUAACGUGCAACGUGGCUGUGAAUACUCGAUUGCGGAUGCUUCAACCUGUCCUAAUUCCUGCAUCAAAUGUAAUCGUGACGGAUGUAAUAAUGAACCUGGUGUUUGGAAACAAAGUUGCUUGCUGUGUUCACAUACAUUUGCCAGUCCCGAUCCAGCAUGUUGGCGUGGUCAAGAUCCAAUGGCGGAUAAAUGUACAGCAUCUUCUACGGUGUAUUGCGAGAACAAUAAUUUGUAUGGCGAGACAGCAAAAUGUUAUACCUACAUCAAUGAGCAAACGGGUGUUGUGCAACGUGGCUGUUCCUCAAAUAAACCAUUUUUUCCAACUGGAACGCUUACCGAAUGCUAUGGAGAGAAUUGCAACAACAAGUGCCUGACCAUAUCAUGUAAUAUAUGUUCUUCCAAAGAUGAUCCGAAAUGUGUGGAGGGCAAUUAUCUGUAUCCCACUAAAUGUUCGGAAGGAACGAAUUCUUGUUACUCCUGUGAAAAUGGCAAUCACAUCCGAAGAGGUUGUGCCGAUAAAGAAUUUUUUGCCACACGCCAGCCCAAUGAGGUCUGUUAUUAUUGCAGUAAUUCGACACAGACUGGCUGUAAUCGUUUUCCAGUACGCACCUGUUAUUCUUGCUCUUCACUGGACGAUGAAGAUUGUGCCGAGAUGAUGACCCCUGAGAUAAUAGAUCAACUUAAUUGUUCGUCGCAAGAAGAUGUCUGUGUAAGUACCGUUGUUACCAAAUUGCAAUUGACCUAUGUACUACGGGGAUGUGCUUCACAUUUGGCAGAAUGUACCGAUAACGAUCCUUUGUGUGUUCGCUGCAAUGGCAGUUUGUGUAAUGACGUUCCUAUUGAUUUGUCGACUUACGUGCGACGAAAGCAAAUAUCAGUGGAAGUGGAUGUCAAAGUCAAAGGAGAAGCUGUAAUGCAGCAGUUGAGCGUAGCCGUCGAUUUUGUAGUAGUUCAUCCGGGAGUAUGUCCUCACUUUGCUCUUUCGGUACAAUCUGUCCACUUGGUCGAAUAG